UCCCCGUGGCGUCUGCGGGCUACAACGUGUCCGACAAGAUGUCACUGUAUAAUUUCAAGAAGAUUAUGGUGGUUCCCACCGCAAAGGACUUCAUCGACAUCACUUUAUCCAAAACCCAAAGGAAGACGCCCACGGUGGUGCACAAGCACUACGCCAUCCACCGCAUCCGCCACUUUUACAUGCGGAAGGUGAAGUUCACCCAGCAGACCUGCCACGACCGCCUCUCGCAGAUCCUCACCGACUUCCCCAUGCUCGCCGACAUCCACCCGUUCUACGCCGAUUUGAUGAACGUGCUGUACGACAAAGACCAUUACAAGCUGGCCUUGGGACAGAUAAACAUCGCCAAGAAUUUGAUCGAUAAUGUUGCCAAAGACUACUUGCGCCUGAUGAAGUACGGAGAUUCUCUGUACCGCUGUAAACAGCUGAAGAGAGCCGCUCUGGGUCGCAUGUGCACCAUCCUGAAGCGGCAGAAGUCGAGUCUGGAGUAUCUGGAACAAGUGCGUCAGCAUCUGUCCCGUCUGCCGAGCAUCGACCCCAACACCAGAACCCUGCUUCUCUGCGGGUACCCCAACGUCGGCAAGUCCAGUUUCAUCAACAAGGUGACCAGAGCAGACGUUGAUGUCCAGCCCUACGCGUUCACCACCAAGUCUCUGUUUGUGGGUCACAUGGACUACAGAUACCUGCGCUGGCAGGUGGUGGACACCCCCGGCAUCCUGGACCACCCUCUGGAGGACCGCAACACCAUCGAGAUGCAGGCCAUCACGGCUCUGGCUCACCUGCGGGCGGCGGUCCUUUACAUCAUGGACGUGUCCGAGCAGUGCGGCCACAACCUGCAGGAGCAGCUGGAGCUCUUCAACAGCAUCCGGCCGCUGUUCGCCAACAAGCCACUCAUCGUCGUGGCCAACAAGUGUGACGUGAAGAAGAUCAGCGAGCUGCCGGAGGAGGACCAGAAAAUCUUUGCGGAUCUCAUUACGGAGGGAAUCCCCGUGAUUGAGACCAGCACCCUGACUGACGAGGGAGUCAUGCAAGUGAAAACCGAGGCGUGCGACCGGCUCCUCUCCCAUCGCGUCGACACCAAGAUGAAGGGCAAGAAGGUCCACGACGUCCUCAACCGGCUGCACCUGGCCAUGCCCGCCAAGAGGGACGAGAAGCCGAGGCCUCCGUUCAUCCCAGAAGGAGCUCUGACUCGCAAGAAGGCGAAGGAGUUGGACGCUCCCAAACGCAAAACGGAGAGAGAUCUGGAGAUUGAGCUCGGCGACGACUACGUCCUGGACCUGCAGAAAUACUGGGAUCUGAUGAACGAAGACGAGAAGAACGACAGGAUCCCCGAGGUGUGGAACGGCCACAACAUCGCCGACUACAUUGAUCCAGAAAUCAUGAAGAAACUGGAGCUGCUGGAGAAGGAGGAGGAGCUGAAGGAGCAGGCCGGCGAGUACGACUCCGACGACGAGAGCGAGGACGAGGAGAUGCAGGAGAUCCGCAUUCUGGCCAAGCAGAUCCGCGAUAAGAAGCAGCUCAUGGUCGUGAUGUCCAAGGACAAGGACAUCCACCGGCCCCGCAUGCCCAGGACCGCCACCAAGGUUCAGAGGAAGAAGCUGGAGAAGGAGAUGGGAAACCUCGGCUUGGACAUGAGCGACAAGGACGACAGCCACUACGCUGACCAGGCGCGGCGCUCCAGAAGCAUCACCAAGAAACGAAAGCGCGAAGUUUCCGUGCAGCCGACCUCCAAAACUCGCAGCCAGAGCGCCUCCCGUCUCCCACGAGACCAGUCCGGCCUCCGAGACCCCAAGAUGGCAAAGAAGGUGAAGAAGAUGAUGAAGAACUCCCAGAGAGACAUGAACCGCCAGGGCAAGAAGGGCGAGGCCGACCGGCACGUGUUCGACCUCAUGCCCAAACAUCUCUUCUCCGGGAAGAGGACGUCCGGCACCCACGACUACCGAUAGAGGGCACACGCUCUGCAUCAUGCAGGUCACCUGCUGGACUGUUGAGACCCGGGCGCUCCUUUGGGAAGAGAGGGGCUCGGUGUCGACGUCUUCAUUCGAUGCAUUUCCCCCAGCAGUUUAAAAAAGAAAUAAAGAGGAAUAUCAGAUGCAUUUUCCUUUUUUUUUAAGUGAGGAAACUGGUCAUUUGAUUAUUUGUGUGACGUGCGAGCGAUGAAAAGAGACGUCUGUAAAAGCUGCUGGGGAAAUCCACCAGGCCCAUUUAAAUGAUUACUCAUCACUUAUUAUAAUAACGGUGUGUCUUUGUAUUUGUUGGCUGUUAAAAGGUUUUUUUCACGAGAGUAAAACUGUGAUGAAACUUCAGAAACUAAAAGCAGAGACUCAUAAACUGGUCGUGUGCUAUGUGCUUAUGAUAAACUUUAUUAAGCAACUACAGUCAAAACAUGUUUGCGGUGUAAUUUGGGAGUUUUCAAAACACAAUUUCGACACUGGUCAUUUUUAAUUCCAGAAGUAAAAGAAAAUAAUGCAAAGAAACUUUCAAAUUGAACACAUGUAGAAUAUGAAUAAGCAAAUAAAUAAAGCACACUAUAAAAAACA